UUUUGUCAUGAAAGAGCAUUCAUACUAGCCCGUCUGCAUUAUUCAACGCAGGAAUGGAUCCGAGGACUCAGUUCAUUCAGAAACAGAUUACUCCACCGUAAAUCGAGAAUAUCAACAAAUAAGUGAAAUUUAUAAACAAUACCAGCAAUAUUUAUCGAGAGUGAAAAAGUGAGACGGUUAAUAUUAGGGCAGCGGUCGAUACGUCGUACGGAGUCAAAAGUUAGAUGAGAUGACUGAAUCAGGAAAAAUGAAGUCAAAGUCGUUAGUAAUUUCUUUGAUGCUUGCUGCAUCAAUUCAAACCUUUAAUGCCGAUCUGAUUGAUCAGAAAUGCCCGAUUGACUGUGAAUGCCAUUAUUUUCGCAUCAACUGGGUCAUUGACUGCUCCGAGAGUAAUUUGACGUCUGUACCGUACGACGAGUUGAGUUCAAACGUCUACGUACUCGAUAUGAAUGGCAACAACAUUGAGCAUUUGAAUCCAUUCCCAACUGAUAUCAAACUUCGAAGACUGCAAAUGGCACACAAUCAUCUGUCUGAGUUGUCUUAUGACUCAUUCGCUGGACUAGCAUAUCUUCUUGAUGCUGAUUUUUCGUACAAUAUGAUCACCAGAGUUGAUCCUGAGGCCUUCAGGGACAGCCCUGGCCUGAUAACUCUCGAGCUCCAGAACAAUCCUCUUAUCGAAGUUGACAGUCAUUUCCUCAAUUGUCGUACGCUGUUGUACCUAGACUUGAGCACCUGUGGAAUUCAUCGUCUCAAUACUCAAUUCUUCCACAACACGACUAACUUGAAGAAAUUAGAUUUAUCAGGGAAUCCACUCCAGCAAAUUACUCCAGGCCCCUUCGAUCAUCUCACUAAUCUCGAGUAUCUCAAGCUCAACAAUUGCACAUUGACCCACAUCUCACCCGAGGCGUUCAUCCAUUUGGAGAAUCUCCGGGAACUCGACAUGUCCAACAACAACUUGAGGACAAUCACAUGGUCAACUAUUUUAGCACCUCUCGUUCGUCUGGAGAGUCUCAACAUUGGCAACACUGGGAUAACAAAUUUACCAGCUGAUGCUUUCAAUAAAAAUCUGUACCUUCGUCAUCUUGUACUUUCCCAGAAUGAACUCCACCACUUGGACAUAGAAAAUACUCUUGGCCACAAUCUCCACAAUCUUCAAUCCGUCGAUCUCUCAAAUUGCGGACUCCAGGAUCGCCUGUCCGAGGAGACGUUCAAGAAUUCUAGUAAACUACGUGUGUUAAAUCUGAGUGGCAAUCCAAUGUUCGCUGGUGAUUUAACAGCUGUACUGAGACAUCUACCGAAAUUACAUAAACUUUCUUUGAGUAAUUGCAGUCUUCGGAGAUUACCUGAUGCCUUCGAUGUGCUGGAGCACCUAGAAGAACUCGAUAUAUCCCACAAUCCCCUGUCAGAUGCCUUCGUUAAGCUACUAAAUCCCUUGAGAUCACUCGAGUACUUGGACAUGUCUUAUUGCAGUCUUGGAUAUGUCGGGAAUAAUACAUUCGCUCACAUGACAUCACUCAAGAAACUCAUUCUGUCCGGCAACAAACUCCACACACUCGAUGAAAAUCUUUUCGCCAAUUUAACGAGACUGGAGAGCCUUGAAUUGAAGAAUUGUGGAUUCACCACUCCAUUGGAUCCAAAUAUAUUUGGAAGUGAUAAAAUUUCAUCGAGUGUCAUUGAACUCAGACUCAAUGGUAAUCCCUUGGAGAUGCCUGAUGAGGGACCACUCCUCCCAAAACAACUGUCCAAUGUCGAGAUAUUGGAUUUGACUAAUUGCAGCAUUCGAAGACUCAAUCCUGAUAUUUUAUCCAGAAAUAAAAACCUGACACAUUUGAAUUUAUCGAAUAACAGAAUAUCGAGUCUUGAGUUUCUCAGGAAAUUACGGAGACUGGAGCAUUUGGAUCUCAGUAAUAAUCUGUUGACAACUAUCAAUCGAAAAAUGCUCAAGUCAAACAGUCAUUUGUUGUCAUUGAAUUUGAUUGGCAAUCCAUUCGUCUGCAAUUGCUCGAUCGUCGACACUUGGGACUGGGCUGUACACGAGAAAAAUGAUUUGCAUGUAUUGAUUGGCAGUAAACCCAGCGAAUUUGCAACUGGUGCUGUUAAAUUUCGAAAAAGUUUGAGCUGCACUUACGACGAUGAAACUUAUCGAAAUGUUACCAAUCAGAGAUUAUUGAUGAGGAAAGGGGAUGUCACACCGCACAGAACCUGGGCGAAAUACAUUCGCGAAUCAAAUUGCGAGAGGCAGGCAUGAUAUCAGGAUUAUCCAGCGAAUAUUCAGGAUGUACAUCAAAAUAGAAUUGAACUUUAAUCAUUUCAUCAAUCUCACUUGUGACUUCUGACAGUCGUCGAACAGUUUUUUGGUCAUUUCAAAAAAUCAUCGUUCGUUUAUUUUUUAUAAUGAUCGUAAUAAUUAUGAUUAAUGAUAAUCGUUGUGAUUAAUAAUUGGAAAUUUUUGGGGCAUUAAUUGGGACUUGCUAGGGGAUUCGCAUGAAGUGAGAAAGUUCCUUUAUCGUAGGUUUAAGCUUCAGUGGUAGUUGUUUUUAUUCGUAUAGUUUUAUUUGAGAUUUUUCUGAGGGUUUGUAAGUUUAUAGUUUCUUGAUUAUUGUUUCUACUUAUUAUUGUUCAUUUAUAGUUAUUUUUUAUUGUUAAUAUUGUUAAUGGUUUUUGCACGGUCGAUGUUAGGUAUGAGUAUCACGGACGCGUCUUCGAUGAUUAGUCGAUUAAUUGAGGGGAGGAGAAUUUUUUUUUGGGGGAUUUCAUAAUCGAAUCACAUGGGGUACAUGAUUUUGGAGAGUCGAUACUGACUCUAGUAUUAAUGUACUGCCUUUAUUAAUUUCGAAAAUUUAAUGUGCCAUUCAGUACUAGUUUCCGUGUUCAUAUAUAACUCUUGUUUACCCUCUCUUAGGGUACAUCAUGCCAAAGUUUCAAUUAAAUAUCAAAGAAUUAA